UUUAGGGGUGAGACGUACGAAAGUUUCCAGUCUUGGUAUAGUUUGUCGAUGCCUUUGGCAAAGUGUGAUUGUGUUUCUGCUUUAAAUCUGUUUACAUAUUCGUUUAGUUUGUUGUUCAAAUUCUAUCAAAAAUGUCAAUUAAAUAUGUUUACAGUGAGAAUUUGAUUGCAGAAAGCAACAAAAAUCCAGCUGUUCAGAACCGAGCUAGUAUGGUUCACUCAUUAAUCAAAUCAUAUGGACUUUUGUCCCACAUGGACAUUCUUAUUCCAAAAAUAUGCAAACUCUCUGAUUUGAGAAAUUUUCAUUCUGAAGAUUACUUAAAAUUUCUUAAGAAAUGCUCUGAUGCGCACGGUGAUGAAAGUGAAUUAGAUAAUUCAGAAAGUGAAGAUUUUGGAUUAGGUUAUGAUUGUCCAACUUGGGGGGGAAUUAUCAAUUAUGCCACAACUAUAGCCGGAGCUACAAUUACUGCCUGUGAUGAACUUUGUCGAGGAUCGGCUGAUAUUGUUAUUAAUUGGAAUGGUGGUUGGCAUCAUGCACAUCGAGAUAAAGCCGGAGGAUAUUGUUACGUUAAUGAUAUUGUAUUAGGAAUUCUUGAACUGAGAACAAAAUUCGAUAGGAUCAUUUAUAUUGAUCUGGACGUUCAUCAUGGUGACGGUGUGGAAGAGGCUUUUGAAACAACAAAACGAGUAUUUACACUUUCCUUUCAUCAGUGUGAACCAGGAUUUUUUCCUGGAACUGGUAAAAGCGAAAAUUGUGGUCUUGCUACAGGGAAAGGAUACGCAGCAAACUUUCCCUAUAAAAGUGGUAUAUCAGGUGCAAGAUUUUUUAAUUACUUCAAAAAAACGAUAAGUUUAAUAAUGGACACUUAUAAACCUCAAGUUUGUGUGAUACAAUGUGGAGGUGAUGCUUUAGCUGGAGAUCCAUUAGGUAAUUCAAAUUUAUACCCAAAGGAUUUGAUUGAAUGCAUCAAAUUCGUGAUGGAAUUUAAACUACCUUUGGUAUUACUUGGAGGUGGAGGUUAUAAUUUUGUAAAUACAAGUCGGUAUUGGACGGAAAUUACAGCUGCAGUCUGCAACAAAGAAUUGGAUGAUGACAUUCCUGAUGAAAACGAAUUCUUUUUGGACUAUGGACCAGAUUAUACUAUUCAAAUACAAAAAAGUAGAAGAGAAGAUCUAAACAGCGAUGAAUAUAUGGAAGAAUGCGUUAAAUCAAUACAAGAGAAUAUUAAAAAAUACAAUGUUAUGUCUGUGUGAUCUUAUUUUUAAUUUUGAUAUUUAAUUUUUUAACCCUAGUUUUGUGAAUAUGAAAAUGGCGAAUAAACAAAUA